AUGGAUUUAUUGAAAGAACUGUCGAAUGUUAAACUUUUACCUUCAUUAUUCGUAUUUGAUCUCGAUUAUACUCUUUGGCCAUUAUGGAUAGAUACUCAUACCUCUGGCUCUCCUUUCAAAGCCGAUCCUUUCAAACCUCAUUGCGUUAAAGAUCGUCAUGGAAAAUUAUUAAAAUUAUACUCUGAUGUUCCAGAAAUUUUCCGAUUGAUUAAAAACUGUCCAAAACCACACAUUGCUGUUGCAUCAAGAACUCAUGAACCAGAAUGGGCACGCAAGGUCUUAUCAAUUAUGCCUUUCCCUGCGGAUGAAGGUUGUGAUUCAAUUAAGAACUCAUCUAAUGGCGUCAAUUAUCGCUCAUUAGCCGACAUCAUUGAUUAUGAUGAAAUAUAUCCUGGUUCAAAGUUAAAACAUUUUCGUUCGCUUCAUAAGAAAAGUGGUAUUCCCUAUCGUGAAAUGAUUUUCUUUGACGAUGAAUUAAGAAAUAAAGAGCGAUAA